GUUACCAAGGCAGCGGAUGGAGAAGUUGUGCUGUUUAACGAGGAAGAAGAGGAAAAUGAAAACCAACAGUCUAGGUAAUUUAAUUAGUGGAAUAACAGUAAUAAAUACUGGGGCAGAGGCUGGGUCAGGAGAGCCUAAACUCUCCUUAGGCUGCUUAAUUUUUGGAGGGUAAUUAUCACAGUGAGAGCAAGAUGUCUCCUUUCCUGUGAGUGGCUAAGCAAAAGAGUGCCACUAGUCUAGCUGAAAUAGCCAUUAAUGGGAAAAUUAUGUUGUGAACCUCUGAUGCAUUUGAAAAGGAAGAGAACAUUUCUUUUCCAUUGAUAGACUGGAAGUCAACUGAGAAUGAAAUGCAUAGAAAAAAGAUUUAUGUUCUGAGCCUGCACAUUUUGUUAUGAGGACUCAAAGAACCACACAAAUCAAUGCAGCAGAGGAAUGUAAGAAAAGAGGGACUGGAAAGAGGUAUUCAGAGAUGCUGGCAGUGACCGAAGGAAGAGGAAGGAGCCAGAGCCCUUUCCGAUCCUACAUGCUCCUCCUGCCUGCGCUGCCCUUUUGUCUACCCUCUCCUCCCUCACCACAGGCUACACUUGGCUCUCCUGUCAUCUUCCUCGUCACCUCUGUGGUCAUCUCUAAACUGAGACUUAUCAUUGACACCUGGAAAACCUGGAGACAUAUUCAGAGAGAAAAUAGUUUGCAUCUUGGGGACAUGAAGGACAGGGUCAUAAGGACGAUGAAGAACAUGCUCCUUCUCUUCAUUUCGCUGCGAGUAAUAUCUGGAAGAAGAAUCCAGCUGCUUAGGGGUCUACCUGCAACAAGCACCGUGGAAGAAAACGCACCAGCUGGUGUUUCAGUUUAUGCCUUUAAUGUAACUGUUUCUCCAUUGUCUUCUGAAGCUGUUACAAUACAUCCUACCAUCAUAAAUUCAAAUCCACUUACAAAAGCUUUUGAUAUUACACCCAUAGGAGGUCUUGCAUACAGGGUUGUUACCACUGGAAACCCUGUCCUAGAUUAUGAAACUAUGCCAAAGAGCUUUGAUUUACAGAUUUUUGUUGAAGAUACAAAUGGCAGAACUGACCUUAACACACUGACUGUCCAAGUAACAGAUAAAAACGAAUCUCCUGUAUUUCAAGGAAAUAUGGCACUUCAAACUGUAGUGAUCUAUAUCUUGGAAGGAAGCAGAACACCACCCGGAUUUAUUUACCAAGUCGAAGCAGCUGAUCCUGAAAAUGCCCAACUCAAAUAUUCGCUGGCCCCUGCAUCAGUGCCAUUCUCAGUCUUUGAAAGUGGAGCCAUUUUUUCUGAAAGAGAAUUUGAUUAUGAGAAAGAUCAACAUAGUUACUUUUUAAAUAUAACAGCGACAGAUCCAGAAGGACUCCGCUCUACUAAAACAGUGAAUAUAAAUAUCAUUAACAUCAAUGAUGAAAGACCUUACUUUACCACAAAGCAAAGAAUCUACAAGAUUCCAGAGGAGCAAAGCCCCGGGACUGUUGUUGCCAAUAUAACAGCUGAAGAUCCUGAUGAUGAAGACUUUCCCAGCAGACUUUUCUACAGCAUCCAGUCUUCCAACACAUAUUUCUCCAUAAAUCCGUCGACUGGUGUGGUGCAGGUGGCCAGGAGAAUCGACCGAGAAGCCCUGCCACUGCAGCUUCACCCCAACAUCUCAGUGAUCGUGCGUGUGGAGGACAGCCCCAGCGGAGGUCAGGCCAGUGAAAUGGAGAUCACAAUCAUUAUCGAAGAUCUCAAUGACAACCCACCGGAAUGCAACCCUUCUACCUUCAGGGAAGAGACAAAUGAAAAUGCUACUGUUGGGACAUUUCUUCUUGAUCUUAGAAAUUUCUGUAAAGAUAUGGAUGUCGAUCCACCAAACAAUCUAUUUAAUUUCACUGGACUAUCUGGUUUUGGAAGCAAUAAAUUUGCGCUGGAUUCCUUGUCUGGAAGACUUGUGAUGACAGAAAGUAUUGAUUUAGAAAACCCAGCUCAUCUAGGAGCUGAAGUUUCUUCUUUGACUGUCAGGGUGCAAGAUAUUGCCUGGCCUAACUACUCAAAUAUCAUCUACAUUUACAUCAGGAUAAAGCCAGUGAAUGAAUUUUUUCCAGUCUUCAGUAGUUUAUCGUAUGAAUUUAAUGUUUCAGAAAUUACUAAAGCUGGAUCCAGCAUUGGAAAAGUGAAUGCCAGAGACAAAGACUGGCCACCCAGUGUCAUCACUUAUUCCAUUGUAGCUGGAGGGGGCACCAGGGAUUACACAGAUAUAUUCUGGAUCAACCCAGCUGAAGGAGAUGUGAAGAUCUUAGCUAGAUUAGACUAUGAAACCACUCAAAGAUACCUUCUCACAGUACAGGCCUCAGACCAAGAGAAGACUGCAACAGUAUCUGUAACUGUCAAUGUUUUGGAAGUGAAUGAUGAAGAACCAGUUUGUUCACCCACUUUCUAUUCAUUUCAAAUCCCUGUUAGCUUAGCUGUUGGGACUAAUAUUAAUGGCUUCAGGAUUGUAUGUCAAGAUCGAGAUUCUGAUCCCAGAUCUUUCCGUUACUUCAUUAAUGAAGGCAACGUGAACAAUCAUUUCACCUUUUCACCAAGUGCUGGCUCCAACACAUCUCAGUUGAUUCUUGCAUCUAGGUUCGACUAUGACAGUGGUUUUGAUACAAACUGGAUUUACAGACUGCGUGUCUACAUAACAGAUGACAAUCUGUUGUCUGCCAGGGACAAAACUACAGACUUGAUUAAAACAGGAACAGUUACUUUAAGCAUCAGAGUUAUCCCAAACCCGACUACUGUCAUUACCACUACGCCUGGCUUUACUCUUGUGACGAAAAGGGAAAAUCUCUAUUCUGAAUCGGCGUGGUACGUGCCGUUCAUCAUCACUCUCGGCAGUUUGCUGCUCCUUGGACUACUAGUGUAUCUGGUGUCGCUGCUGGCAAAAUGCAUUCGCACCUGGUGCCCACCAGCACGCAAAGCAGACAACGCUCCACUGAUAGAUGCUCCAGAAAAGAAGAAACCUAAGAAGGAAGUGGUUUUGAAAAUGACAAGGCUAAACACUGUCUUUGAUGGAGAAGCCAGAGACCCAGUCACAGGCAAAAUGUAUGAAUUCAAUACGCGGUCGGGGGCCCGGAGGUGGAAAGAGACCGAGGAGCCUCUUCAGCUGGCCCCAGUUGUGCAGGUAACAUCAAGUGCCACAGAAAAUGGCGGUGAAGGGAAAGACAGAGCAGAGACUCCAAGCAAAAAAGAAACUCCAGAGAAGAGGAAAGAGCCAACAGCAGAGAGAAAAACAGCUGCCAAGCCCUCAGAAGGGCAAACAGAAACACCAGGCCAGGAUGGGCAGAAGUUAAAGAGGCAGAAAGAGGAGUCUGCGAACCAGGGGUUAACCUCACCAAACGGCCAAGACAAACCACUAACCUCCUCUCCCAGAAAGCGUGUUGUAUUACCAUUAAGCCACCCUUGAAGGAUGGUGCAUGAGACUGUGAGGAGCCUCCCAAGCAGGCCGCUGCUCCUCCUCUGAAGAGCCAAAGCAUCAACGGAUGCUGACCAAUGCUAUUUUCUCUCUAUAUAUCUUAGCUGCGAAACAUUAGGAGGCAACUGCUGUGUAAACGGGACCUAAAGGCAGAAACAAGCUGGGUUUAACCUUUGCUACAUGCAAAUAAGACUGGAGGAGAAGGGAAGGCAUCAUGGUAGUCAGUGCAGUGAUCUAGGAUUAGGAACUAGGAUAAAUGCAGUCCCCCUGCUCCUCUGAGCGCAAAGACAGUUUCUGGAUAGUGUGGAAGAGUCAGUAGCUCCUUGAAAAGGGGAGGAAGUGAAUGGAGGUGAUGAGGAAAUGAAACCGGAGUCACAGAAAAAAGUAUUAACUGCCCACUCCCCCCCCAGGUUUAGCAGCUGGCAAUUUCCUUUUGGAAGGCCUUUCUGGCCCCAGGCUGCUCUAGCCUUUGGCCCGUGCCAGGGCGGCACAGCCGCAUCCUCUGGCUGCGUUUGGAGAGGCGAGAGGGCUGGGCAGUGUCUGCACGGACACAUAUUCUCACCAGUGAACGGGUGCCGGGAGCCAUGCUGCUCAGAGAGAGAAAGACAAAAGUGAGGUCAAGUUGCUUCUCUUUUCCCUACUGAGCUGGCUGCUAAACAGCAGAAAGGGUGAAAUGCCCAUUAGAAUUGAAAAGUUUGGUGGUAAUAGCUAAAAAUGUUUUCUUUUCCAUCACCGUUUUAUUUCAGCCCUUCCUCCCCAUCUCUUCUUGCUGCAGAAGUGAACACGGCUUGAAAGCAGUUUUGGAUUGGAGAAAAUCCACAGUUUGUUAAUGAUAUCUCAGGCUGUCAUGUUAAUGUUUUCAGCUUACUUAUCUUUUGCAGCACUAGCAGCGUUCAAUAUCUUUACCUUUCCUGAUUUCCUCUGGGGUAUUUAGAGUUUUGCAGAAUCAAGUGGAACACACUCAAAAGAAUAAUUACAGUAAACACAUGUGGUGAAAUAAUUUUUUCCACGUGUAAGCAUGUAUAAUGUAAGUGCUGCCUAAGAACCUGAUAUAAAACAAGCAAACCCUACAAGAUUUCAGAAAAUUAUUUUUAUCUGAAGAAAAUUAAUUAUAAAUGAUGACUUCGUACUCAAAGAUGUUUGUGUUUCAUUUCUUUCCUGAUCACAAAAAUUUUUUGGGUGGCAAGGGACUCAUUUAAACUAGGUGGUAAGAGAAAACAUUUGCUUUAAGCUCAGCAGGGCCAGUAACUUACGGUUUUAUCUAAUCUGUCAGACUUACCAUUUUUUUUCAUUCCAGGGGGGACCUGGAUAGGGAGACCGGGGGUAAUUUCACUGAGGAUCCUACGCUUUACUAAGCCAUUCUCCAUGGUGCUGCGACUCUUCUGCACACUCCAAAGGAGUGGUUUGGCUCAGGAACAACUUCCCUUGCAAGCACCAAAUGUCUUCAGUCAAAUAACAUUUCAUUGAGCAAUCAGAAACCCAGCCUGUCAUGAACAGCACAAUCAUAAAGAUAGGAGAGAGUGAUUUAUACUCUCUGAACUCGUUAUCAGUUUACUGUACCUGCAGUGGUUGUUAUAGUGUUGUUUGACCCUUCAGCACCAACAGGGCUAGUCACAUAUUCAGAGCUCUCACUCACCAUUGUUUGCAUUGGUUUUCUGUAAAUAAAAUAUAUCCAAUUUCUAUGUAGGUGGCUUUCCAGUGACAUAAAGAAGUUCUGUGGUAACUGAUAGUACUGUUGUAACUAAUCUUUCUAUUAUUGUGACACAAAGAUACGCACAGACAC